AUGGCCUCAAUGAUGGAACUGUCAGACAAGUCUGGAGACAAUUUACAUGAAUUUGUUAUUCACAGAUUUUCUGAUAAAGUUUUCGACUAUAUAAAUUGGAAACAUUUAAGUGAAGCUCUGAAACUGCAUGAAAAUAGUCCUAACCACAAAAAAGCAUUUACUCAAUGGACUGAAGCUGAAAUCAGGUUUAAAGCUGGAUUAACUAUUGACAAGGAAGAACAAAACCUAAUUUCUAAAGAAAGUUUACGAUGGAGCAAUGUGCUUCAAAGAUUGAAGCACAUUACUUUGUAUUUGGCUGAAAAUAAUGUGGCAUUCAGAGGGUUAUCAGAUAAAUUAUUUACCCCAAAUAAUGGAAAAUUCUUAGGUCUUUUACAGUUAUUGGCAAAGUUUGAUCCAAUCAUGGAAGAGCACGUCAGACUGGCAUUGAAUGGUGAUUUGGCUGACCAUUAUUGCGUAAAUAGAUGGAAAAUUUUGACCGACCAUUUGAAGAUAUACACCCUGAAAAAUGUAAGUGACACACGCUGGGAAGCUCGAAUUGAUAGCGUCAAAGCGGUUCGUUAUCAAUUAUGCAAAAUGCAUGACGCUUUGGUUUCCUUGGCCGAUGCUACUGAACAAAGCGAUGCUGCGGUGUCACACGAAGCGACAACACUAGGAGGACAAUUAAAAGACUUCAGCUUCAUUGUUUCUCUCGUGACAUGGUAUUAUGAUCUGUUUCAAAUUAACGUUGUGAGUAAAGCAAGUCAGUCACCCACAAUCAACUUUGUCGAGUUUAUGGGAAUCCUUGACAAAUGUUGCUCUUAUUUGGAAACAUAUAGACAAACAGGUUUCGAACAAGCUAUUGUAACAGCAACUGAACUGGCUUCGGAUCUUGAUACGCAGCCAUUAUUUAAACCACAAAUGCGAUUAAGACGUAUUAAACGCAGGCCGGGUGAAGAGGCUGUUGAUGAUCAAAUAACUGACCCAAAAAAGAAGUUUAAAGUAGAGUUUUUCAAUGCACUGUUAGACACCGUGCACAUAUCCAUGAAAGAAAGAUUUGAACAGAUCCAAGAAUUUUCUGCAACGUGGAGUUUCUUGUUUGACAUUAAAAAAAAUCAAAAUAAAGAAGAACUAAUACAAUGCUGUUCUAAAUUACAAGAAAAGUUAACUGUCAACAUGAAGUCAGAUAUUGAUGGAAAUUUGCUGUGCGACGAAAUUUGGCCCGCAGACAGCCAGGCAACGCCUAUUGAAGCCUUAAACUUCAUAAAAAAGCAUAAUCUUCAAGAGUUAUAUCCCAACAUCUGGAUAAUGUUACGUAUUUUGUUAACAAUACCAGUGACUGUCGCAAGCAGCGAACGCAGUUUUUCCAAACUGAAGUUGAUAAAAACGUACUUGCGGUCUACAAUGUCUCAAACAAGACUAACCAGUUUGGCCUCACUGUCCAUUGAAAAUGAAGUUGCAGAAAACCUGGACUUUGCUAAUCUGAUCAGAGACUUUGCCGACAGAAAAGCGAGAAAAGUAAAAUUUUAG